CCAUCGCGUGCUUCCACAGAAACCCCGACCGUGGCUCCGAUGCGUGACCUGUUGACGCGCAGCGCAGUGCUGCGCUUUUGUACCUGGCAAAAUGGACAACUGAACAAUCGACCUCAACAUGCCUACCGUUUAUGGAAGUAAGGGGAAACUUUCUAGUAUUUGUUUCAUGCUUCAGCACGCGUCCCAGGAUAUGACCCAGUCCUGGCCUUACCAGCAGCCCCCAGAGGAAGGGGGUAAUCAACAUUUCCUGUACUCACACUCAAAGGAAGGAAAGCAGUCCAAUUCCCGUCACAGACAUGUGAGGGAUGGUGUCUCUUUGAGGGUCCCUUCACGUCCGCACGUGGCCCCUCACAAAUCCAUGCUCGCUGAUGACUUGAAGCUCAGCAGCGACGAGGAUAACAGGGAUGAGGGAAGUGAGCAAACAACUUCUUGGGCAGAGAAUGACCGAUUGUCAAGCCGCCAGCAGCGCACACACACACAUGGCGGACGGGUGAGACAUUCUAGCUCAGGGUCGUCGGGAUCCGACUCCUCCAGCGAGUGGGAAAGCGGUAGCCAUCGAUCACGCAGCCCGAGCCCAAGAACGCGUACCCAAUACGGGUCACCGACCCGGCAGCAAAAUCUAAACUGCAGCACAGAGAGUCCGCCGUCUACACAGUGGCAGCUGGACAGGUGGCUUGAGAAAGUCCCCAAGAAACUGACUGACCACGACCCAGGAGGAGGACGACGCCGGAGUGCAAAAUCUGACUGUGGGCGAGGACCUUCACCAGGAAAAUACUGGAGCAAAGACUCUGAGUCAAGACAGGAUUACAGUCCAUGUGACAGUCCAGUCCCGAGUCCACAAUUUCAGUAUAGCCCCAGAAACAGUCCUCAUGCCAGCCCUGAAUAUAGUCCUUGCCCCAGUCCAGGAAUUAGCCUCGUGCCAAGUCCAGUGCCAAGUGUGUGCCCGAGUCCAGGAGAGAGCCUCAGAGAAAGUCGAAGUCCCAGUCCUUUACCACCACACCCUCCCAGAAGCCCCAGUCCAUGUUUCACAUCCUCCGGAAUACCCACCCAAGAUUGCUUAACAUAUCCUCAGGUUACUCAGCAGGAAAGUCCAAGGCAUACCGCACGACUAACUGUUGCCUCCAAUCCAUCGCAUCGUCCUAAAGUCAGGCCAUGGGUGCCUCCAGACCAUAACACUGACCAAAGAAAAGGGUCUAGACCCAAAGACUCUAGAUCCAAGGACACUAGACCUGGUCCUCCGCUCCAACAUCAUUCCAAACACAGCUUGCCGGAAAACUCAUGCAAAAACCGUCGACACAAGCCUGAAGCCAAAGGUUCUGAAUCCACAAUCAAGCAAAAAUUUAACCCAACUUCUAACCCAAAGAAUCAAUCAAAGCUGAACUCUAGACCAAGUCUUAGCCCAAAACAACAGGGUAAGCACUCUUCUACAACCAACCAUAGUGUUCAUAAUCACAGAACCAGUGAGCCUACAGGAGUAUCAAUCAACCGGUCAACUUCGAAAUCAGGGCAUUCAUCCCAUUUUAAUACUUCUAAAAGCUCUGACCGUGGUCCCACCUUAAAACCCAAAGACUCGUCCAGAGACCGCGUAAACAGUCAAUCCAGCCACAGCUCGAACUCUAGCUCCAAGUCUAAACAUUUCUCGGAGACCAAGCAAUCCAGUUCUAAACCAAACUCCGAAACAAGUUCCAGCCCAAGACCCAAGGUUAAACUUGCCGAUGCCCGAGUGCCCAGAUCUGGGCACCCACAAAAACAUUCAAAUCCCAGAGAAAGUGAACGGGAGGUGGACAGCCGAGGUAAAGCCCAGGGAGUACCCCUGGUGCCGACCGGCAAGGAGCCGAGACAAAGGAGACUGGCGGAGGAGCAGCUAACAAGGCGCCGCUGGGUUCAGAGUUCUGACGAAGACGAGGAGGUCAGGAGAACAGAGGAAGGGGAAAGAGAGAGGAAAAGGAGACGGACGAGGGAGCAUGAAACUGAAUGGCAGGCAGUGCAGCCCAAGCAAAGACCUCAUACCAACAGCCAGCAUCACCUUUCAGUGGAUUCCAACAGACUAAACCCUGAGGAGCAGAGGAGGAAGAAAAGAAGGCAAAGCAACGAGGACCUUUCUUCACGUACGCAUGUAAUAGACUCUAGCCCUUCCCCUCCAUUGUCUCCACCCUCUCCUACUCCUGUCAUCCAGCCCAAGCCUCCAUCAUCUUCCUCAUCCUCAUCUUCCUCGUCAUCUUCAUCGUCUUCCUCUGAGUCAGAUUCAGAGUCAAGUCCUCCACGAAAUGUUGCCAAAGUUCCUGCAGAUUCUACAUCAGGCCAAAAGAGACACAACAAACAGAACUCAGGUGCAGGGGGUCAAUCCAACAAGUCAAGUUUAAGCACCCCAGAAGCAGAUAAAAGGGGUCGGGGCAGGCACAAACUCUACACACUUGUUCCUUUUGGCCGUUCUGAAAAUUCUCCAACCAUCUCAAAUCGAGGCCUGAGGAACCUAUUAGUGAGGAUAGACCUCUCACUCCUGGCCAGAGUCCCAGAUACACAUGAGGUUACAGAGAGACAUUCGUCUUCAUCUUUGUCAUCAGGAAAGAUAAAAGAAAAGACAGCGAUGAGACAUCUGCACUACCCAGAGCAACUGCCUGGUGAUGGCAGAUGUAAAAGAAAAGCUGAGAAUGGAGAAGUUCAGAGGGACAAUAAGAGAACUCCAGCUCAUACAGACAAGCUUUCUGUGUCAGAAAAUAGAGAUACUGGAGAAACUUGCACUGACAACAAACAAAAUGGAUGCCAGGAAGAUUACUUUUACGCAAAGAGGCCUUUGUCCCCAUUGUCUCCAUCUGACCCAGUGGAGUGUUUGAAGCCCUCGGUGAAAGCACAGCAUACAGAAAAGAACCACACACCUCCAGGAAAAGCUUCACCAGCCCAGAAAACACGGGUUCCGAAGAUGCAGCCUAAGGUAGAGAUGGAGUGUGUCGGGCUUUCAGGACAGCCACAGCCAAUCUCUGGAUCCCGGGUUCCUCCCCCAAACCUUCCUCCGCACUACAGAGGAACUGUACCUAUCAGUGAUGUCUCUCAUCAUACCGAAUACUACAUGCAUGAAGCCAAGAGGUUGAAACAUCGAGCAGAUGCAAUGGUGGAUAAGUUAGGAAAAGCUGUGAAUUAUGUGGAUGCUGCUUUAUCAUUUAUGGAGUGCGGUAAAGCCAUGGAAGAGGGACCACUGGAAUCCAAGUCUCCAUAUGCUAUGUACGCUGAAACUGUGGAGCUCAUCAGAUAUGCAAUGAGACUCAAGAGUCAUGCAGGUCCUGGAGCUAGCCAGGAGGACAAACAGCUAGCUGUACUGUGUUUCCGCUGUCUUGCUCUCCUUUAUUGGCAAAUGUUUCGACUCAAGAAGGACCAUGCUUUAAAAUACUCUAAAGUCCUGCUAGACUUCUUUAAGAGUUCUCCAAAAACACCUCAAAAACCCCCUCCCUGGAACGAUUCUGGAAAGGGAUCUGUACCUCCUGCCUCUAUUUGCUCUGUCAAUAUAAUGGGACCUCAUACAGGCAGCUCACCAGGCAACGUUAUCAGCAUUCCCCAUCGUAUCCACCAGAUGGCAGCAAACCACCUCAAUAUUACCAACAGUGUGCUGUACAGUUAUGAGUACUGGGAGAUGGCUGAUACCCUAGCCAAAGAAAAUAAAGAAUUUUUUAACUAUUUGAACACACUGACUGGACCUUUGACUCUGCACAGCAGCAUGGCCCAUAUCGUCCAGUAUACCAGGCAGGGGCUGCAGUGGAUCCGGAUCAGUGCUAAUCUAUCAUAGCACCAUUUAAAGACACUCAAACUACCAAGAUCAAGAAUGCUUAAAGUCAAAAUAAUUUUAGAAUUAUGUAAUGAUUGGGUAUUUGAGAGUGGAGAUCCAUCCAUGCCUAAGCCUUCUAAGCAUUAAAUGCGAUAAUAUCCAAGGGCACCGUGUCAGAAAUAAUCAGGUUUUCUUUAAUGCAUUUGGGACAAUCUUGAUCAUUGAGAUUCUAAGUACUUGUUUUUUAAUGCUUAAUUUGCUGCAAGUUUUUACAAGAAACUAUUGCCGGCUAAUUCCUCAAAUGCUGCUUUUCCAAAAUGUGCCACAUUUUAUAUAAGAAAAAAAUCUGUAAGUUUGUAUGUUUUUAAAUGAGCCUUUCAUCAUUUCAUCUCAAUAUCAGUGCAUGCACUGUGGAUGUUAAUGUUUUUCUCAACUGACUGCAGUUUUUUGUGCAAUAAGUCAGAUUGUUGUCAUGUAGAUGUGAUGGUGCUGUUUUUCAAUAGCCAGUAAAAAGUCAUGUACUCGGUCUAUGCAAGACAAUUUAUGGCAUCGUGAAGUUAUUGUAAAGUUUUAAUUGUAAGAAACAAAAGAACAUAACCACCCUUUUUUUUAAAUAAAUUGUUUUUACAGUAGA